AUGAUCUCAGGUCCAUUGACCAUUCUGGCCUUGACGGUCUCGUUACUGGCAAGCACGGAAAGUUUCACCAGCGCAUUAUCGUGGCCAUCAAAACCCGUGCAAACAUAUCCAUUACUAGUCCCAGUCAGGCCUAGAGCGACUCCCUUGCACGCAGCAGCCCCUGAAAGAACGUUGGAUGUUGCGCCGCCGCUGCAGCAUCGGCUUUUUGGGAGCCAUCGUCAUCAGCAGCAGCCGCAUCAACACCAACACCAACACGGCACAGCUAGACUAGACCCGGGGGCCGCCCCCAUCUCGCCAGCGCAGACCGCAGCGCCCGCCACCACCGCCUCCGCAGAACUGCCGUCCCAGUCGCCAACCACGUCCACCUUGCCGUCUCGGCUCCGGCUGUCCUCCAAGAUGGCCUGGCUCAGCGGAGGGACCACCAAUAAGGCCCUCGUGGAGAACCUGUGGAAGAACAAGCUCAUCACGACUGAGGCGGUUAAGGAGGCUUUCCUAAAGGUUCAGUCACGACCAUUUGACAACUACGAAAUGAGCAUGGUCGACCGUGGACACUACUCUCGGCAAAUGCCGUACGAGGACUCGCCGCAGCCCAUCGGGCACGGCGCCACCAUCUCGGCGCCGCACAUGCACGCCAUGGCAAUCGAGAGCCUGCUCGACUACAUCCAGCCGCGGCCAGGCAACCCGGCGCCGCGCGUGCUGGACAUUGGGUCCGGGUCCGGCUACCUGACGCGCGUGAUUGCGGAGCUGGUCGGUCCCAAGGGCACUGUGGUGGGCGUCGAGCACAUACCGGCGCUGCGGGACCUGGCCGAGCAGAACACGGCGAAGUCGGACGAGGGGAAGCGCUUGUUAGCGUCUGGACGACUCAAGUUCCGCGUCGGCGACGGGCGCAAGGGCUGGGUCGAGCCGGACGAGGACCUGCGCCAGGAGGAGAUGGAGACAGUGGCUGAUAGGGGGAAAGGCUGGGAUGCCAUACAUGUCGGGGCGAGCGCCGCCGAGCUGCACGAGGAGCUGAUCAACCAGCUCCGGGCGCCCGGGAGGAUGUUUAUCCCGGUUGACGACUCGCCCGGGUCUGAGAGGCAGCACAUAUGGGCGGUAGACAAGGACGAGCAGGGGAACGUGAAGCGGCAGAAGAUGAUAGCGGUGCGGUAUGUGCCUCUCAGGGAUGCGCCAGCUCGAACUCGCGCAAAAGUCCCUCCACUGGCAGACGGUCGAGCUGCCCUUGCAGUUGUUGACGAAGCAGCCCCAGAUGUCGUCGCCGUCCGAGGGGCACGGCCAGUUACCGGCGCUGCCCUGCUCCGCCCGUCCUCCGUACGUGUUGCGGCACGUGUUCUUGUUGAGGCAGAUGCAGUUGGCUCCAUAGCUGCUGGAACAGCGGCCUCCAACGGCGGCGAGCACGGGCGCGGCGGCGCUGGCGAGGAUGGUGAUGAGGGCGGCUAG